AUGGUGCACGCCGAUGCUGCCCUGCUGCCAGACUCUAUCCAGAGCAGUGCACAAUUCUACGCUCAUUUGGAAGAACAGCUUGAAGGUCUAUUAUCAGAUCAAAGAGCUUGGGUGUCCAAUCUUUCAAACGCCUCAUCGCUCAUCUAUUUCAGUUUAAAUGCCUGGAAGUCCUCUCCCAAAUCUCAAUCGGUGCACGUCAAUGGCAGCAGUAAUGGCAACAGCGCCAGCAGCAACGGCCACGGAAACUUUGCGCCCAAGAAAAUCAAUUGGGCCGGCUUUUAUCUCCUUUCGCCCUUGAUACCUGGCGCGGCCAAGCAAAAGAGACCUACGCUGCUACUUGGUCCUUUCGUCGGUCUGCCAGCUUGUCAAGCCAUCCCAAGCAUCGCUGGCAAAGGGGUGUGUGCAGAUGCUAGCGCCAUCUUGCCUCCUCGGACAGUCAGGGUACAAGACACUGACGCUUAUCCGGGUCAUAUCGCCUGUGACAGCGCAUCCAAAUCAGAAAUAGUUCUGCCCCUCGUGAUUCCCCGUUCAGCCCUCUCUGGCCACUCUUUGGAGGACAGGGCAGAUCAGUGGGGAGCGUCUAGAGUGAACACAAAAAGUGAUGACGAUAUCAUCAUCGGCGUGCUGGACAUCGACUGCGAAGAAUUGGACGGAUUCGACGAGGAGGACCAGAAGGGCUUGGAAAGAAUUGCGGCGCUCAUCGCUGGUUCCAGCGACUGGUGA